UUUUCUCUCCUGACCAUCAUGUGCUACGACCGCUACGUGUCCAUCUGCAAACCCCUGCACUACGGGACCCUCCUGGGCAGCAGAGCUUGUGCCCACAUGGCAGCAGCUGCCUGGGCCAGUGCCUUUCUCAAUGCUCUCAUGCACACAGCCAAUACAUUUUCCCUGCCCCUGUGCCAUGGCAAAGUUGUGGGCCAGUUCUUCUGUGAGGUGCCCCAGAUCCUCAAGCUGUCCUGCUCACACUCCAACUUCAGAAAAAUUUGGAUUUCAUUGCUUGGUGUCUGUUUAGGUUUUAGUUGUUUUGUGUUCAUUGUUUACUCCUAUGUGCAGAUCUUCAGGGCUGUGCUAAGGAUCCCCUCUGAGCAGGGACGGCACAAAGCCUUUUCCACCUGCCUCCCUCACCUGGCCGUGCUCUCCCUGUUUCUCAGCACUGCUACAUUUGCCUACUUGAAGCCCUCCUCCAUCUCCUCCCCAUCCCUGGAUCUGGCCGUGUCAGUUCUGUACUCGGUGGUGCCUCCAACGCAGGCGGGGAAGCUGGUAAGGCCAUGGGCGGGACUGCCUGGAGAGGUGGAGACGGGAUCGCCCGGAGUGGCGGCCGCGCCGGCGGGGCGGGUCUUGGAGGCGGACGCGGGGUGA